GCGCCUCAAGACACACAUACGUAACGGCUGAGAUCUGAUAUAUGAGAAGAAACAUCACGCAACAACGUGGAAACGUGAGCUUUCCCUGAGAAGCAAUUUUCCCAUUGAAUUCGAUCGAUUCGCCUGAUUGGCCCAGAGGCCGAGUGAUCGUCCGAGGCUCGCGCGCACGUCUUUGAGUGCUCGUUAUUGGGGGUUGCAGAAAAGAGCCCAGCGACGAAAAGGAGAUAACGAGACAUCAUCAUGCUGAUAGGCAUUUCACGAGUACAGCUGACGCUACUAUGCCUCUUCCUUGGAACACACACAACGCUCGGCGAUCUCCCGCCGGGUACUCGAACCCGAGCCAACACUUAUCUACCACCGGAUCAACCUAAAAGCGGCUACGACUACAACAAACCAUCAGGUCCAGGUUUUGGGCCUGGACCCGCGCCAAGGCCGCCCCAGGGUCCCCCCGCAAGGCCACCAGCCCCUCCAGCUCCAAGACCACCUGCUCCAAGGCCACCAGCGCCCCCGUCUAUACCCAGUCCUGGGAGACCUUCACCACCCGGCGGUGGCUAUCCAGCUCCAGGACAGAGGCCUUCGCCUCCUUUCCCCGAUUACGCAGGAUCACCUAGUGGACCCAGCGGACAGCCGGGCGGCGCUGACCACGUACACGAGCCAGGCAUGCCAUUCGACUUCAAUUACGCCGUCAAAGAAGAUGCCUUCGGCAACGAUUACUCGCACAACGCCAUUAGCGACGGCGACGUGACGCGGGGCGAGUAUCGCGUCCAGCUACCCGACGGCCGCACGCAAAUUGUGCGCUACACCGCCGACUGGAAAAACGGAUUUAACGCGCAGGUCUCGUACGAGGGCGAGCCACGAUUCGGGCCUCCCGCCGGCGGUGGCGGUGGCGGUGGCGGCGGCGGCGGCGCUGGCAAUUUCCAAGGAUACUGAGUGCCACCAGAGAAUUAUUCAUAAUAUAAAAGUCAAAGCGCUUUUGCACCGCCAGUUAUUCUUUGAGUCUCUCCUCAAUCUCUCUCAAUUUUUUAAUACUUCAUGUUCGCCUAGAUUAUGCGCUCAAACUACUUAUGAAUUAUUUUUACCAUUUAUAACGUUUCAUAUUCUUCAAUCGGGCGAUUUCUACAUUGAGAGAGGAUGAACGUCAGAGCAAAAACGGCUGCAAUUUCACUGUAUUCUUAAAAUUCUUUCAUUUUCUUCGUGUACAAACAUACUCUCACUGCAAGAAAAUUUCUACGGUUUGUUGCAAUACAAUUCGCAUACAAUUCAUUCUUCAACGAAAUGAAUUAAAAAUGACAAUUCUCAUAUGUCUCAUUUAGAUUUUAAUUUACGUUCUAAUAAAUUUGUACCCGAAGAAAGAAAAAGAAUUGACAUACCAUAAUCGAACAACCAAGUUACCACACUCCAAAUGGUACAUAAUCAAGUAUUAAACAACAAAAAAGUUAAGAUGCAUACGUUACACAUGUCAUAAUUUAUCAAAAAUGUAUAUGAACUUUAUAAAAGCUAACACAUAGACAUGAAUAACAACGUACGUACAUUACUCAAUUAUAAUAAAUGUUUUAGUUUAUUACUGCUAUAUAUUUUUAUAAACUAUCUCA